AUGGCGCAGCGGCUGGAGCACGAGUUGGCGACGGCUGCACGACGGCAGCGGGAGAGACGGCACUAUGUUGAUGAAUGCUUGAAUGAGAGUUUACAUAAUUGCAACAAGCAUGCAUUCUGCACCAAUACAAUCGGCAAUUACACAUGCACUUGCCCCAAAAAUUACUAUGGUGAUGGAAUCGGCGAUGAAGGUUGCAAUGAGAAGCCACCCAAGGAUACCAAGAUUACUUAUGUCUUGAUUGGAGUUGCCUCUGGGAUAAUUUGUUUGCUACUUGGCAUCAUCCUCCUCUACUUGGAACUCAAAAGAAGAUCACAUAAUAAGAUGAAGCAGAAAUUCUUUCACCAAAACGGCGGCCAUAUGUUGCAAGAGAAACUCGCUACGAGAGAAGCCUCACUGGAGAUGGUCACCAUUUUCAGCUCAUCUGAGCUACAAAAGGCGACAGACAACUUCCAUGACACCAUGAUCAUUGGCCGAGGCGGCUUUGGCACCGUGUACAAAGGCGUGCUAGCGAACAGAGUAACAGUUGCGAUCAAAAGGUCUAUAAGAGUUGAUCCCGCACAAGUCGAGCAGUUCAUCAACGAGGUAGUUGUUCUGUCUCAGAUCAACCACAGGAAUGUAGUUAGGCUUAUUGGUUGUUGCCUAGAGACCGAUGUUCCCCUUCUAGUUUAUGAGUUCAUCAACAAUGGGACCCUUUCGUCACACUUGCACAAUGAGGCUAAGGUGCGUGUUCUUGAUUGGAACAUGCGUCUUAAGAUCGCAACAGAAACUGCAGGGGUCCUCUCGUAUCUUCACUCUUCCGCUUCUACUCAGAUCAUACAUAGGGAUGUCAAGCCGGACAACAUCCUUCUAGACCAUACUUUGACAGCAAAGGUGUCAGAUUUUGGAGCUUCAAGGUUGGUUCCCGUUGAUCUUGAUCCUGAGUACAUGCAAACGAACCAGUUGACAGAGAAGAGUGAUGUUUAUAGCUUUGGAGUUGUGCUAUUGGAGCUAGUUACCGGGCGGAGAGCAUUGAGUUUUGAUAGGCCGAUAGAGGAGAAGAGUUUAUCCAACUAUUUCCUUUAUGCGCUUAAGCACGAUUUUCUGUUUAAAAUUAUAGAUGAAAAAAUUGUGAGUUCGGAAAAUAUGGAGCAAAUAUCAGCGGUUUGUAAGCUAGCAAAAGAGUGCUUGAACGUAAAGGGAGAAGAUAGGCCUAGUAUGAAGGAGGUAGCAAUGGAGCUGGAAGGGAUGAUACGGAGAGAGAAGCACUCGUGGGCCACAAAUGUAGACGAUCAAGAAGAGAUGAAGUCUUUGAUUCCGAAUGAUCAUGUUGGAACGAGUAGUGUGGGAUAUGAUAGUAUCAACUGGGAUCAUAUUGUUUUGCCAAUCAGUGGAGGAAGAUAA